GCACAAGGGAAAAGGCCGGGGAAUGCCAGUAUCACAACUCUUUCACUCCGUACUAUAUAUUCAGACCCAGCUGAGAGAGAGAUAGAGACACAGCCAGAACACAAGAAUUUAACAAGCCUAUCUUUUUCUUCUUCUCAUUUCUCAGCUUUCAAAUUUGUUCCUUCUCUACCUCCCAUUUUAUAUCUGUCUGUAUCUAAAAAGAAAAAGGAAGAAAGAAAAUAGACAAGAAGAAUGGCAACUAGGUCGUCGGAAAUAGCUCCCCGGAACUGCGGGAGGAGGAAGACCAAAGCGGCGGCCAACGAGUCUGCAGCUGCGGCGGCAAGGAAGAAAAAGAAGCAGCCUCAGAGAGGUAAGGGCGUUGCUGAGCUUGAACGCCUCUUGCGAGACCCGAGCUUGAAGAAACUGACGCCGCCGCCGUCCAACCCCACCCACACCAUCCACCCUCUUAAUGUAACAGUACCGCCGCUCUCCUCCGUCGUCUUCUCCCCCUCAGCCGCCGUGACUGCGGCGGCAAUGAGCAACGACGGCAUUAUUCGCGCUAUGCCUCUCCACUUUCCCAAGCUGCUGGGCCCUUAUGGCUGCGGCUACAAUUACGGGGAAAUGUUUCCUUCUUCUUAUUCUCAUCAUCAGCACCAUGAUCUGUACGGGUUCAGGGGGUGCUCUGCUCCUAAUAAUCCAAACCCUUUCAACGUGAUCGGCCAUGAGAAGAACUCUAAAGACCUCUCUUCAGCCCCGAACUUCACCUUCAAUCGCUGCCAUCUCUGUCAUCAGAGUGAAGUGGCAGUGGAGAGGAAGAAGAAGAGAAGUUCAUCAUUAUCAUCAAAAGGAGUGGUAGAGUAUGACUUUUUCCCAGAGAAAAGCAGGAGUUUGUAUGAUGAUGAUGGUGAUGAUAUGGUGAUGAUGAUGAGCAUGAUGAGUGCUCCUACUCCUACUACUACAACUAGACCUUCAUCUCCAGAUGUGGCAGCCAUGGCAUCUACUAGUGAUGGAUCUUCCUCAUCCACUACAGUUGACCUGUCCCUUAGGCUCUCCUACUAGCUAGCUAGCAGAUGAUCACAUCAGAUACAGCAAAAGAAAAACAGAAAAUGAAUUAAGUGGACUCAGCUCAGCUCGCUGUUUUUUGUCUUUUCACAUUUUGGUGAAAUGGAGCAAUUCAAGAACCCCAAACACUGCUUUUUUCUUUCCCUUUUUUUGUGCAUCCACUAUCACUCGAUCGCCGAGAUGGAGCAAUACAGUUUCUGGGUUUUUAGCCUCAAGUCUGGGUUUCUAUCUCUGUUGCGAAAACAUUUGUGUCAGUGAGAUGCUUUAAUUUGUUAUAGAUUUCCAGCUUUAAUUUUGUGAUCUUAUAAUUAUAUACUACGUAUUAGUCUCGUUUUUAUUUAGAUUGAAAUUUAGUUAAUACGGAAUAUGUAUGUAUGAGCAGCCAGACCAGAUCCAAUCCUGAUCAUAUUAUGUAAUCUAAGUACCAACACCCGAUUUCAUUCUAGUCCAAC